AUGAAUAGCCAAGAUGAUUAUAAUUUUUAAGGCUCUUAUAAUAUUAUUGCAAAAAAUAUUUGUGUAGGGUAAAUAUUAUUAUAUACUUAGUUGCCAAAUGGAAUAAUAGGUGCAAAAAUUGCAAAUUUAAAAGGAGUUGACUCUUGAAGUAUUCCUUACUUUUACCUCUACCAAAACAAAAAAAAAGAUAUAUCAAGCCAAUUUAUUUAAUGAUAUUAAAUCAAAAACACACUAUUUGCAAAAAGAAGACUAAAAUUAUUUAAUUGAAUGCCUAGAACAAUUUGAAGAAAAUCUUAUUAAUCAAUUUUGUUAGAAAUAGAAGCCACUAAAAGAAAUUGUAUCAAUAUUGAAUACUACUGAAUGA